AAUGCAUUAGCCCCCAUAUCUUCACAACUAGUCAAGCAUGUGUAUCCAUGUGUCCAUCAGUGCAUGAAAACCUCCACUCUUACUUGACCCUUUAAAAUUCCUACUCUCUCCUCCAUUUCGCUCCCUUCAGAGAGAGAGAGAGAGAGAGAGAGAGAUGGGGAGCAACUCAAUCCUCUAGUUUUCUGUAGCUAGGCUCUCUCUUGGGUUUCUGUAUCGUAUGCAUCCUUCCUCUCCAAAAGUAAGAGCUGGAGAGGGAAACAAUUAAAGCCCACAUCAAAUAAUAAGAACACAGAAAAAAAAUGGAUGUCUAUGGAGGAGUCUCUACCAGCGCACCUGAUUAUUUUCUCAUUGAUGACCUUUUAGACUUCUCUAAUGAUGACCUUCUCACCUCCUCCACCGAGCACCACCACCUUCCUCCACCUGAAACCUCCUCCAUCCGCCGCCACCACCACCACCACUUCCCCUCUCCCACCACCUAUAUUAAUAACACUUCUUCUCUCUCCACUGACUUCACUGACCAUCUCUCAGUCCCAAGUGAUGACGUGGCAGAGCUAGAGUGGCUAUCGCAAUUCAUGGAGGACUCGUUCACUGACUUUCCGAGCACCAUUAAUAUCCCAACCGACACGUCGUCUCGCAACAAAUCUUGUAGCAAACGUUCACGAACCACCACCACCGCGACAUCCUCCUCGGCAGAUAUCGAGACUGCGGUGACCGGGGAAUCGAGACUGAAGAAGGAAAAUAACGGAGCGCCACACUCUUCAGUGGAGACGGAAGGAGGAGCGCGGAGGUGCAGUCACUGCGCGUCGGAGAAGACACCGCAGUGGAGGACGGGUCCGCUGGGCCCGAAAACGCUAUGUAAUGCUUGUGGAGUAAGGUACAAGUCGGGUCGGCUCGUACCCGAAUACCGACCCGCAGCGAGCCCGACUUUUGUGCUGACUCAGCAUUCGAACUCGCACCGUAAAGUUUUGGAGCUCCGGAGACAGAAAGAGAUGAUGUUGAGGCAGCAGCAACAGCACGGUUAUCAAGGUUAUGAAGUUUGCUAACGUGUAAUGAUCUUAGCGGUUAAGGAGUCAGUAGCAUAGUAACUGGUGGUUAUUUUAUCAAAUUCCCUUUUUUUAUUGUUAAAAAACCCUGAAAAAAGGAGAUUAGUAGUGCAGCCUGUUAGUAAUUGAAUCUUGGCAUCAAUUUCUCUCGAA